CAUACUAAAUUUCCAUCCAAACUAAGCGAUGGCUUCAACAAUUAGAAAAACUCUCAUCUUCUCUCUCCUCCCCAUUCUCUCUCUCUUCUUGACCGUCGCAAGCCACCAGUUACACCACCCACUGGACCCUCUAACUCCAUUGGAGUUCAACCUAGUCCGAACCACCAUCGAAAAUUCCUACUCAGCUUCCAACCAUACCCUGACCUUCCAGUACGUAGGGUUAGACGAUCCGGAUAAACAAACCAUCCUCUCAUGGGUAUCAAACCCUAAAACCACCAUAGCACCACCACGCCGAGCUUUCGUUAUUACCAGACUAGACAAAAAUACCCACGAGAUAAUCGUGGAUUUAUCGACGAGUUCUAUCAUUUCUGACCACAUUUACGACGGCCACGGCUACCCUAUGUUGACAAUUGAUGAGCAAACAGCUGCUCUUGAGUUGCCACCAACAUACCCACCAUUUGUGGAGUCAAUUAAAAAGAGAGGGCUGAGUUUAUCCGAUGUCGUUUGUUCCACUUUCACUGUCGGGUGGUUUGGAGAAGCUGAUACUAGUAGGGUGUUGAAGAUUCUAUGUUUUUAUAUUGAUGCGACGACUAAUAUGUAUGUGAGACCAAUAGAGGGAAUAACGGCGGUGGUUGAUUUAGAGGAGAUGAAGAUAAUUGAAUACCACGACCGGUUUAGGGUUCCGGUGCCGAAAGCGGAAGGCACGGAGUACCGAGAGUCGAAGCAGAAGCCACCGUUCGGUCCACUAUUGAGGGGUCUAGCCACCAUGCAGUCGGAUGGGCCGGGUUUUGAGAUCGAUGGUCACACAAUCAGAUGGGCCAACUGGGCUUUCCAUUUGGGCUUUGAUGUUCGAGCAGGCCCAGUCAUAUCUCUGGCUUCAAUCUACGACCUUGAGCAACGCAAAUUUCGACAAGUGAUGUACAGAGGGUACAUUUCCGAGCUCUUCGUACCUUAUAUGGAUCCAACAGAGGAAUGGUACUACAAAACAUUCUUUGAUCUGGGCGAAUUCGGGUUCGGCCAGUCUGCAGUGUCGCUCGAGCCCUUCGCAGAUUGCCCGGCCCACGCAAUUUUCAUGGAUGGAUACUAUGCGGGCCAACACGGAAAGCCCAUCAAGAUGUCAAAUGUUUUCUGCAUAUUUGAGCAGCAUGCUGGAAAUGUCAUUUGGCGUCAUACCGAGACUGGUAUACCGGGAGAAGUGAUAAGGGAAGUUAGGGCAGAAGUGAGCCUGGUGGUGAGAAUGGUAUCAACAAUUGGCAACUAUGACUAUAUAGUGGAUUGGGAAUUCAAACCUAGUGGAGCCAUCAAAGUUGGGGUAGGACUGACUGGAGUUCUGGAAGUGAAAGCCGCGGCCUAUACCCACACAGAUCAAAUAAAACAAGAUGUUUACGGGACAUUAUUAGCUGAAAAUACCAUUGGAGUGUAUCAUGAUCACUUCUUGACCUACCAUCUCGAUCUAGACGUCGACGGCGUGUCCAAUUCCUUCGUAAAAGGCAAUUUAGAGACAAAACGAGUUACCAAUAACAUCUCUCCAAGGAAGAGCUAUUGGACGGUGGUUCGCGAAACUGUGAAAAGUGAAGCGGAUGCAAGAAUUCAGCUCGGCCUGAAACCGGCGGAGCUGGUGGUGGUCAACCCCAACGAGAAGACUAAGGUGGGGAACCACAUUGGGUACAGCCUGAUUCCGGGAUCGGCCGUCGGACCUCUUUUGUCAGACGACGAUUAUCCUCAAAUCAGGGGUGCCUUCACCAAGUACAAUGUGUGGGUGACUCCUUAUAACAAGUCUGAAAAAUGGGCAGGUGGGUUGUAUACUGAUCGCAGCCGGGGGGAUGAUACUUUAGCUAUUUGGAGCCUCAGGAAUAGGGAGAUUGAGAACAAGGACAUUGUGUUAUGGUACACCAUGGGAUUCCAUCAUGUCCCAUGCCAAGAAGAUUUUCCGGUAAUGCCGACGCUAACUGGUGGAUUUGAGCUCCGCCCGAACAAUUUCUUCGAGAGAAAUCCAGUGCUCAAAACAAAAUCUCCUAAGAAUGCCCACUGGCCUAACUGCACUACCAGACCAUGAUAAAAACACUCCUAAUGGUUCAAGAAAAUGAAGAUACGUACAAAACAAUGUCUAUUUCUUCGCCUUUUCCCCUCCUUUUCGGCCUUUCGGAAUAUAUCGUAGAGGUAAAGAAAUAAAUUACGGCUACCAAACUGAAUUUGUUUCGACUCUGUUUACAGCCAUUGGUAUUAUACUAUGUGUAUAUUCAAUCACUUGAUGAGGAAUUUGGGUCAUGAAUUUAUUGGUGGGAUAGUUGUUCAAUGCUUGA